AUGCCGUCCCGCCAAUUUCUACGAUGCUCGCGAUCUCUAUCCCAUAUCCCAAAACUACAGCCUCCUCGAGCUCCGUUGCCCCAACAUGUCCUGUCACGAACCUUCCAUUCCACACAGCAAAACCAUUUAGUAGCAGAAGCAUUACAACUGUCACACACUGCCUUUCAAGAGAUUCACACAUUCAGUGGCCUCCCGUGGUGUCUAUCCAUACCACUGACGGCGGCGCUCUUCCGACUUUCUUGGAUUCCCAUCCUGGUAGUCACGAACAGAAAUGCCAAACGGAGACAAACCGUAUCCCAACUUCUGGUGGGAUGGCGCAAAGCCUAUCAGUCUGUUGCGGCAUUGAAAUUCCCCUUUGGAGAUGAAAAAGCGGCGAAGAAUGCAGAGUCUUGGGUGUCUACCCAACUAGCGGCACGACAAAAGAGUAUCGAAAAGCAUUGCAAGGUCUUGAAUCCGUCGCUGGUGAUGGCACUUCAACUGUCCUUCCUCCCAAUCUGGAUAAUCAAUGCCGAUGUUGUUAGGCGGAUGACAGGCGAUGAGAGGACUAUAACGUCGAUGUUGUUCAAAACCAACGAAAAGGUGGAUGUGAGCAUUGUGCCAGCAGAACCAGGUCUAGCAGCCGAAAGCCUUUGGUGGAUUCCUAAUUUAGUGUCCCCAGAUCAACUCUGGAUCCUUCCCCUGACCUUUGGGACAUUGUCGGUGACCAGUGCAUGGAUGGCCGUGGGAAGGGGCAAGGGAUUGACGAGGCUAGAACGGAGAGUCAGCGCCAUGGAAGCUGGUCCGAUGAGAACUCGAGAGAGUUUUUACUUACAACUAUCUCAAUCUAUCAUCGCGGCUUCUUUUAUCUUCCCAUUUCUCCUCAUCCGAUCUGAGACGGCUACGGCCGUAGUCUUGUAUCUCAUUGCUAGUGUCGGAACGCAGCUGGUUCAGCGACCUUUGAUCGGCUAUCUGCUCGGAGGGUCCAACGCCCUUGAGCCUUUGGACGCUAAGUUGCCGAAAAUGAAAGGACGGAAAGACGAUUUGUCAUGA